AUGCCUCUGUUAAGCACUAUAAGCAGUGACUUCGGCAGCACGGGGGUGUCCGCUAUGGACACCGCGCGAGGCAUGUUGCGAGGCCGGCCAUACGGGGGUGUGGCCUUGCUGUGGAGGCGCAGUGUUUUUCAAAGUGUAGAAGUGAUUGAGUGCAAUAAUCCACGCAUCUGUGCAAAAAAAGUGGUAUUAAAAGAAAGGUCGUUUCUAGUGAUGUGUGUAUAUAUGCCUAUGGAUGAUAAAGUGAACUUUGCGGUGUUUACAGAUGUACUGAGCUCGGUCGACAGCGUGAGAUGGGGAGGGGCGUUAUCGCAGCCAUACAGAUUGGAGUGCGGCGUGAGGCAGGGGGGGCUAUCAUCUCCGACGCUCUUUAAUCUGUAUGUGAACGAACUGAUAGAGGAGCUGAGCAGCGCCAGUGUCGGGUGUUGUAUAGAUGGUGUCUGCGUCAACAACAUCAGCUACGCGGAUGACAUGGCGCUGCUCAGUGCGUCUGCCUGUGGUCUGCGUACUUUAUUGAAAAAAUGUGAAUUGUACGCACUCUCGCACGGCUUGCUCUAUAAUGUUAAAAAGAGUCAAGUAAUGGUCUUUGGGGCUGGGAGUAAACGAUAUGAUAACAUACCACCUGUUAGAUUAUACGAUAACAUUUUACAGAGAGUGUAUAUGUUUAAAUACUUAGGCCAUGUGUUGACUCCCGACCUCAAGGACGACAGUGACAUAAAGAGGGAACGGAGGGCGUUGUCGGUGAGAGCGAAUAUGCUGGCUCGCAGGUUUGCACGAUGUUCACGAGAAGUGAAAAUAGCUCUUUUCAGAGCUUUUUGCACGUCUUUCUACACUUGUAGUCUGUGGGCUAGAUAUACUCAAAAAGCUUACAACGCCCUUCGUGUUCAGUACAACAACGCGUUCAGGGUGCUGCUGGGGCUGCCAUGCUUCUGUAGCGCGUCAGGGAUGUACGCAGAAGCGCGAGUGGAUUGCUUUUACGCAACGAUGCGGAAGAGAUGUGCGUCCCUGGUGCGCAGGAUGCGGGGGAGCGGCAACAGCGUCCUGACUAUGAUCGCCGGCAGACAGGCCUAUACGUAA